ACUUAUUUCCCUCCUACAUCUGCAGUUCAGAUGUGUGGAACGUGCUUAAAAUCCUACAGGAUGUACAAGUUGCGGGAUGUGCACGACUUUAAGGAUGCCUGAAGGAGAGGUGAAACAGAAUUGAUGCGGUUGUUCAAGAUUUGGAACUACAGUGGUAUAAAAUGCAAGAUUAUAGACAACAUCGUCAUGGUAUCGCAGGUUUAGACAUUUCCAGCCACUAGCUAUGUCUCUUUGCUGCUGCUUGUUUCUGAUAUUCAGUUUGAAAAAUUGCAAGCCUUGAUCUCUGAAUACUGAAACAUGGAAAUUCUGAUGAGCAGCACUCUACCAACCGAUGUGACCAGCAGUCUACCGACCAAUGCAACUCCGACAGGGAGAGAAGAACAUGAGUUUAAGUCUUUGGAGCUGUUCAUCAUGGUGAUCAUCAUCACCAUUAUCGUUGUGGGUAACCUUCUGGUCAUCAUCGCUAUUGCACGCACCUCCCAGCUGCAGACCACAACGAAUAUCUUCAUCAUGUCAUUGGCAUGCGCUGACCUCAUAAUGGGGGUGCUGGUGGUGCCACUGGGUGCCACAAUUGUCGUAACGGGGAAAUGGCAACUCACCAAGACUUUGUGCGAGUUAUGGACAUCGGUUGAUGUGUUAUGCGUCACUGCCAGUAUAGAGACCCUUUGCAUCAUCGCAGUGGAUCGGUACAUUGCAAUCACACGGCCUCUGCGGUAUAAAGUGCUCCUGAAUAAGUGUAGGGCUCGAAUUAUCGUUUGUGUCGUGUGGCUGGUCUCAUCUCUAAUCUCCUUCGUCCCCAUUAUGAAUCAGUACUGGCGUGUGGAGAAUGACGAUGAAAUCUUAAGAAAAUGUAAUGAGGACCCCAAGUGCUGUGAUUUUAUAGCAAAUAUGCACUUUGUUAUAAUUUCAUCAGUGGUUUCAUUCUACAUCCCACUACUCAUCAUGAUUUUCGUCUAUGCACGCGUCUUUUUCAUUGCCACACAACAGAAACAGCUAAUCGACAAAAACCGUUUGAGGUUCCAAAAUGAGUGCAUAGGAAAUCAGGUACAGCCGACGCACCACGGCAACAACAACUUACCUUCGAUGUGCAAUCAUGUCGGAGGAAUGACGGCAAGGCGGAAAAGUUCCCGAAGGCGACCGUCGAGAAUAACCGUCGUCAAGGAGCACAAGGCCCUCAAGACACUGGGCAUCAUCAUGGGCGUCUUCACACUCUGCUGGUUGCCUUUCUUUGUGGCGAACAUCAUCAAUGUCUUCAAUCGAGACGUGCCGAGCAUGGAGAUUUUUCGUUUAUUAAACUGGUUAGGCUACAUGAACUCCGGCCUCAACCCCAUCAUCUACUGUCGAAGUCCAGAGUUUCGUGUGGCCUUCAAGAACCUUCUUGGCUGUCCCUGGUUGCCCUCUCUAAAAAUGAACUUCCUUUUCAAGGGGCUUCGGACUCGAUGCAAAAUCACAUAUAAAGAUGUAUCACAUAUUAAGAUGCAUUUAAGUCCUACAAGGUUUGCAAGCGAGAGCACACGCUAA